AUGUCAACGACAACCUCAGCCUCGGCCUCCCGAGCCAUCGACUCCUCCUCCUCCAUCACAAUUCCAGUCCCGAUAUCUCUCACAAGCACGGAACCUUCGUUCCCGCCUGCAACGUCACAAGCAUUAAUAGCCCAUCUUCGAGCGACAGGCAGUAUUUCAGAACUCAGCGCAGUCUUGGCUGACUCGCUCGCCCGCACUGGCUGGACGGAUCGCGUGCGUGCCCUGUCUCUGGAACUCCUCCGCAACGGCGCCUGCGAUACAUUCCCCGAGCUCAUGUCCGAGGUCCUUCGAAGGGCGAGGAUCCCCAAACCCCAACAAGAAGAAGACAACAGCCCGGCCACGAGUGGGCCGAAUGGGUCUGCGGCGGCCAACAAGGUGAUUGCGAAUGGUACGAGUACUGCCGGGGCCAACGGGAUCAACGGAAAUGGUGCAAUUGCCCUCAGCAAAGAGUGGUCAGGAGGGCCCGAUGGCCUUCCAGAUGUGAGAAUACCAGAAGCUACUGUCGAGAUCGGAGUCAACUUUCUAAAAGAGAAGAUCAAGGACGCGGUUGAGCCCGUCGAUGAUGACAGUGACUAG